CUCCCAUGAUGCACUGCUGUGGUGUAUCUCUUCCUGGUCGGUCCGUGUGUGUGCCUGACCCAGCAGCUGACGGGGCAGAGAAGUCUGAAUGAAAGCUGCGGUGAGCCUGCAAUGCCCCUGGAGGUGAAAUGGCCGUUUCCACAGUGCCCUCGCCUGGGCUGGAGGAUAUCCAGUUCAGUAGUCAUGGGCAUGGUGGGAUCCUACAGCUACCUGUGGACCAAGUACGCGAACUCCCUGUCCGUGCACAACCAGGACGUUCUGCUGGACUUAGUUGAUGAACGUCCUCAGAACACGCCCCUGAUCACUGUGUCCAAUCACCAGUCCUGCAUGGAUGACCCACAUAUCUGGGGGGUGUUGAAGUUUCGGCAGCUAUGGAACUGGAAAAAAAUGAGGUGGACUCCCACUGCCGCUGACAUUUGUUUCACCAAGGAGCUGCACUCUCGGUUUUUCAGCAGGGGAAAGUGUGUUCCUGUGGUUCGGGGUGAUGGAGUUUAUCAGAGGGGAAUGGACUUCCUGGUAGAAAGACUCAAUCAGGGGGACUGGGUGCACGUGUUUCCAGAAGGAAAAGUGAACAUGACAGAAGAGUUUAUCAGGUUUAAGUGGGGGGUCGGACGAUUAAUAGCAGAAUGUUCCCUUCAUCCAAUCAUAUUACCGCUGUGGCAUGUGGGUUUGAAUGACGUUCUUCCAAAUGAAACACCGUACAUCCCUCGGACAGGAAAGAAAAUAACUGUCUUGGUUGGAAAGCCCUUCAUGGUCAAGCACUUGGUGGAUUCUCUGAGAGCAGAAGACAGAAGUCCGAUGGAAAUGAGGAAAGCUGUGACCGACUUCAUUCAGGCCGAGUUUCGCACUUUAAAAUCGCAGGCUGAAGCUCUUCAUCACAGGAUACAGGCCGGCCGGUGAUCCCUCAUCACUAGCUUCUCUUUCCUCAGGAGAAAUGCUGGACCUGAACUGAACCACAGAGUGCACACCCCUGCUUCAGCAGACAGCGAGACAGCAGAGAGCAGUCUUUCUCUCAGUCUUUCUUACAGUCUGAGAGGAGAAGAAGAUAAAGAAGAAGAAGAAGCAGCAGCAGCAGCAGGUGUAUCUGUGCAGAGGAUUCUCUUGCAUCUGCUGAAUGAUUAUAGAUAAUAGAUUAUAGAUCAUAUCGUCCAUUUUUAAAUCCCUCCUGAUCAAUACUUCUUACUUACAUCCAUCCAGGGUCUGUAUAUAUAAAGUGUGGAGACAGAAUUGCUCUGUUUUUCCUCACAUAUGAAAGAAAUAGUUUUCUAGAUUUGUGGUGACCUGAGCCAUAUUUUGAUGAAAUGUUUGAUACAAUGAUUAUAAUAAUUUUAGAUUUUUAAUAGCCUAUAUGCUAAUUUGCCAAUUAAUGAUGUCCAAUCAUUGUCAGGUUGUAAUUAUUAGGAGUGUAAUGGAAAAUGAGUAAAAUGGGUCAAAUGGGUCAUGGCUUGGUUUGAAACGCAGUUUAAACCUCACAGUUCGCUAUAGGGCCCAAUCCCAUUUCACCCCUUGGCCCUACCACUUACCCCUACCCCUCUGUAGGGGUUCUUGUUAGGCUGGAGGGGUGGGUUAGGGGUUAGGUUAGGGCUUGUUAGCCCUUCAAACUGAUAUUUUUUAGAUGCACACUUCAAACCGAGGGUGGUGAGAUGGCGGAAGAAAAGCGACCAAAGAAAGCCAAAAAUAGGUUAAGCAUUUUCUUGUUAAAAGUGACUAUUAGCUGGGCGCCGAGUGGUCCAGCGGUCUAAUGCGCUGUCACUAUGAGCGGGAGGUCGCAGGUUCGAACCCCACUCAUGCAGCUUUGCCAUCAGCUGCCGGUGCUUAGAGGGAGAAAAAUUGGCCCUGCUCCCUCCAGGAUGGGUAGAUGGCGCUCUCUCCCCAUCACACUCAAGGUGGCGCUGGGCGGCAUGAGGCAUCUGUGAGCUGAUGUAUCGGAACCUGGCCGCUGUGCUUUCCUCAGAGCGCGCUG